AUGGAAACAAGCCAGGAGCAAGUUAAGUUAGCUGUUGUUAAGCAAGUUAUCGGCCGUACAGGUUCCCGCGGUGGUGUUACACAGGUUCGCGUCGAAUUCCUUGAUGACUCAAACCGUUCCCUUGUUCGUAACGUUAAGGGCGCCGUUCGCGAGGGUGAUAUCCUUUCACUUCUUGAAACAGAGCGUGAAGCACGCCGCCUUAGAUAA